CCCACUCUCGGGCUCGCACAGGCGCCUUGCUUUCACUGUAACCGGUAGUCGUUAAAGUGCGUUCCGGACCAACCUCAUGAUGGAGACGGAUAGUUGUUUGUCUUUCUCUUCGCAGCCAAACCGGACACCAACAGAGAACUCACCGGGUUUGGAGCAGCAUAGUUCCUCUGGUUCGUUUCUUCCCUGCGACGAAUUUCAGAAAAACGCACACCUUCCUCUCGCGCACCGUCUGAGUCUCCGGGGUCAGGGUGACUUCUACAGCUCGGGCUCCAUGGGACGGUUUAAUGACGGCGCACCCGCGAACUUUACGCACGGGGCAGCUCCCACGAACCCUCGCGCCUCGCCCAACAAACAUAGCAAAUAUAUGGAAAAUAUUAAUCAGGAUCAAAAUGGUUUAUCAAUAAGCGGGAAGGGCUCGUUCUAUGAAAACAACUCCGAGGCCAGAGAGAAGGUGGGUCCCAAGCCCAUGGGCUACCCAGUGACUGGCUCAGACUGCUGCAUCAAGCUGAAGGAGCCAACCAAUGGUCUCCAAACAGGGGACUCAAUCGCAGACUCCAUCGACCUAUCAGGCAAGAACAAGAAGCGUCGUAACCGCACCACGUUCAGUACCUUCCAGUUGGAGGAGCUGGAGAAAGUGUUUCAGAAGACUCACUACCCUGACGUUUACGCCCGGGAACAGCUGGCCCUUAGGACCGAACUGACAGAGGCACGUGUACAGGUGUGGUUCCAAAACCGGCGGGCCAAGUGGAGGAAGAGGGAACGUUACGGGAAGAUCCAGGAGGUGCGAAACCACUUUGCUGCUACAUACAAUAUCUCCACCUACCAGAUGCAGAGCAACCUGUGGCCAGGAGCUGGUGCAGGAGGGGGCGGGGGGUCCGGCGGGGGCUGUGUCCUGAGCCCUGACACCAUGUCUUCCUCCUGUAUGAGCCCCUACCCUCAUCCCCACAGCAACCUCCCCUCCGUGGGCUUCAUGGGCAUGCCCCCGUCCUCCAGCCACCCCCACCACCCUCACCAUCACCCCCCACACCACCCUGGCAUCAAUAGCCUCUACUCCCUCCACAGCUUCCCUGGGGCCCUCGGGGGCCACUCCUUUGAGCCGGGGCCCGAGACAGAGUAUAAGUCAUCCAGCCUGUUGGCCCUGCGGAUGAAGGCUAAGGACCCUGGGAGUCUUCUAUCCUGGCCUACAUGAUCACCACAGUGUCAGGGUCAGAUCCUUACUAUGUACUGACUGAGCCAAUGUACACACACACAUUCAAACUCAAUCUUGUAUACUAGCUUCCCCAUGGAUAGUUAUGGCCACAUGUGUUUGUGUUGCUGCAGCAGAAGUCAAAACUCUCUCCUGUGGUUCACUACAAUAUGUACACACACACACACAAACACACUCUGCUAUUUUUCUCAAAAACAUGACAUGAUCAACCUUUGAGUUUGUUAGGUAUUUUGUCCCUGGGCAUUUCCAUGUAGAAGAACCAUCAUAAAGAGUUAAUACGAACAGGUAGAACUGGGUGUCAAAUGAAAACUAAGAGUCUACAUUUUUUGGGGGGGGGGGGAAAUGACUGCAUAGAUACCAUUUUUCAACCAUUUUCCAUCUUGAACAUUUGUCAUAAGUAAAGGCUUUGAUUUCUGGAUAAACAGAUGGACAAGGGGGUCUUAGAAAACAUUUACAUCUAGCAGUAAAAGUAUUAAAAGUGAUCAGAAAUACAUCAAAACACAAUAAUGUUGAUGUAAAGACCCCUGCCAACUAAUAUCAACACUUCCAUUUAGUUUUGGAUAAAUGUACUAUUUGUAAGUAUGAUAAAUAUUUCCUUAUGCUUUGUAAUUCCGUUACCAAACACCCACAUAUCUCCUUCAUGAGACCUACCAAUUAGUUAUAGUGAUUUUACUGAUAUCAAAUGUUGUUUUUGACUUAUUAAGUGAUUAAAACUUGUAAUUCGAAAUAUCAAACAAUCUGUAACGUAAUGACUGCAACUGAAUUGGCUACGAUAGGAAAUCGUAGUAGUCACAAAUCACAGUUGGAUCACCUGCUGCUGUCCUCUCUUCCACUGACAUACUGUUAUGUUCAGCUCAUAGUGUCUCCUGUUACUGUCCUCUCUUCCACUGACUGUUAUGUUCAGCUCAUAGUGUCUCCUGUUACUGUCCUCUCUUCCACUGACAUACUGUUAUGUUCAGCUCAUAGUGUCUCCUGUUACUGUCCUCUCUUCCACUGACUGUUAUGUUCAGCUCAUAGUGUCUCCUGUUACUGUCCUCUCUUCCACUGACAUACUGUUAUGUUCAGCUCAUAGUGUCUCCUGUUACUGUCCUCUCUUCCACUGACUGUUAUGUUCAGCUCAUAGUGUCUCCUGUUACUGUCCUCUCUUCCACUGACUGUUAUGUUCAGCUCAUAGUGUCUCCUGCUACUGUCCUCCCUUCCACUGACUGUUAUGUUCAGACCAUAACUGUUUUCUUUUUCUUUCUGUCAUCUGGUGGUCAAAGCAAGAGUGUUAAAACAGUCUGUCUUGACAACCCCUCUCUUUCUCUCUCACUCUCUUUGUCUCUCUCUCUCUCUCUCCGUCUCUCUGUUUCACUCUCACUCUCUCUGUCUCUGUCUCUCUGUCUCACUCUCACUCUCCAGUUAAUGUUACUUCUCCCACCUCUUACUGACACCUACCCAUGAGCACCCUCUCUUUCCAUUUACUGUAACAAGCAUUCUAAUCCACUGAGCACCGACCAACACAGGACGUCCAUGGACGUUGAAAGGUAGUUGAAAUUUGGUCAGUCCACCAUGGCCUUUAUGUUAACGUACAGUGCAGUACAGUGCAGUACAGUGCAGUACAGUGCAGUGCAGUGGAGUACAGUGCAGUACAGUGAGUGGAGCACAAUACAGUACAAUACAGUACAGUUAAGACAAGUAGAGUAUAGUACAUUGUACUGAACUAAACUCUAUUUUACUGUAGUGAACUCUACUGUACUGUUAAAUAAAAUAGUUUUGGUCAUUUACACAUGAUGUUAUUGCAGGUGCAGUAACGCCUAACAAUACAAACAAUACACACAAAUUCCAAAAAUAAAAAUUAAGAAACAUCCGAACGAGCAAUGUCAGACUCCAGAAAAUAAAUAUAUGUUCAAAAGUUUGGAGUCACUUAGAAAUGUCCUUGUUUUUGAAAGAAAAGCACAUUUUUGUUCAUUAAAAUAACAUCAAAUUGAUCAGAAAUACAGUGUUGACAUUGUUAAUGUUGUAAAUGACUGUUGUAGCUGGAAACGGCAGAUUUUUUUUAUGGAAUAUCUAGAUAGGCGUACAGAGGCCCAUUAUCAGUAACCAUCACUCCUGUGUUCCAAUGGCACGUUGUGUUAGCUAAUCCAAGUUUAUCGUUUAAAAGGCUAAUUGAUCAUUAGAAAACCCUUUUGCAAUUAUGUUGGCACAGCUGAAAACUGUUGUGCUGAUUAAAGAAGCAAUAAAACUGGCCUUCUUUAGACUAGUUGAGUAUCUGGAGCAUCAGCAUUGUGGUUUCGAUUACAGGCUCAAAAUGACCAGAAACAAAGAACUUUCUUCUGAAACUCAUCAAUCUAUUCUUGUAUUGAGAAAUGAAGGCUUUUCCAUGAAAGAAAUUGUCAAUAAACUGAAGAUCUCGUACAACGCUAUGUACUACUCCCUUCACAGA